GGACCAGAUUUGAUCCACUGCACCAAUGAGAUGAACGUGAACAUUCCCCAGCUGGCGGACACGCUGUUUGAGCGCACAGCCAACUCCAGCUGGGUGGUGGUCUUCAAAGCCCUUAUCACCACCCACCACCUCAUGAUGUACGGCAACGAGCGUUUCAUCCAGUACCUGGCCUCCAGAAACACUCUGUUUAACCUGAACAACUUCCUGGAUAAGGGAGCCCUGCAAGGUUACGACAUGUCAACCUUCAUCAGACGAUACAGUCGCUACCUGAACGAGAAGGCCAUGUCCUACAGACUGGUGGCUGUGGAUUUCACCAAGAUGAAGAGGGGUAUUGACGGCGUGAUGCGCACCAUGAACACAGAGAAGCUGAUCAAGACGCUGCCCAUCAUUCAGAACCAGCUGGACGCUCUGCUGGAUUUCCAGGCCAACCCUAAUGAGCUGACCAACGGCGUGAUCAACUCAGCCUUCAUGCUGCUCUUCAAAGACUCCAUAAGGCUGUUUGCUGCUUACAAUGAAGGGGUCAUCAACCUACUGGAGAAAUACUUCGACAUGAAGAAGAACCAGUGUAAAGAUGCUCUGGACAUCUACAAGAAAUUUCUUUACAGGAUGACGAAACUGUCAGAGUUCCUGAAAGUGGCAGAGCAAGUUGGAAUAGAUCAGGGUGACAUCCCAGAUCUCUCACAGGCCCCCAGCAGCCUCCUGGAGGCCUUGGAGCAGCACCUGGCCUCUCUGGAGGGCAAGAAGACCAAGGAAUUGAAUGCAGACACCAGAGCAUCAACCCUGUCGAGCGCCGUCUCAUCUCUCUCCUCCACCGGCAUGUCCUUCAGCCGCAUGGAUGAGAAGGAGAAGCAGCAAGCCUUGGAGGAGGAGCAGGCCCGAUUGCAGGCUCUUAAGGACCAGCGCCUGAAGGAGAUCAGCAUGCAGACUCCACCCUCUGCCUCCCCCAGCAGUCAGUCGAUAGGCAGCGCCAACAACAACCACAUCACACAAACCCCGGAGUUGUUCAGCUCCACGCUGUCUGCCAACAGUGUGCCCAAUCUGAACAGUGACCUGUUUGAUCUUCAGCCGGCCUUCAUCCCUGCUGUGCAGAGCACUCCUUCCAUCUCCACCGUCAACAGUGCCUGGGGAGGACUGGAGAGCCAGCCUCUGCAGCAGACCGCCUCAGCCAUGACUGUAGAUUUCGAUGCUGUGUUUGGGAAUAAGGCCACACCCAGUAACAACGGCCCACAACCUGCAGCCGGUUUUGAUGCUCUCGGAGACCUGUUAAAGCCGACAGUUCCCACGCACACCGCGCCUCCUCCUCCUCCUCAAAUGGCCAUCCAUCCUGGAGGAAAGCUGCUAGCCAACGACCUCGACUCCUCUCUGGCUAACCUCGUGGGCAAUCUGCAGUUUGGUGGGACCCCAGCCAAGAAGCCAGAGAUGCAGUGGAGCCAACCGGGAGAGAAGAAGCUGACAGGCGGCCAGAACUGGCAAAAUAAGACCAUGUCGACUACACAGUGGAACCCUGCGCCCAUGGCGCCACAGCCCAUGCCUGUACCACAUGUGGCUCCAGCUCCCAUGGCUUUCCCAAUGACCACACCGCAAGUGCCUGUGUAUGGAAUGGUACCUCCCCAGAUGGGUCAGAUGGGUGGGGUACCUGUGAUGGCUCCUCAGCCAAUGAUGUACAACCAGCCUGUUCUCAGACCCACUAACCCCUUCGCACCCAUGCCCGGAGCCCAGAUGCAAUUUAUGUAAUCCAGUCAGGGGGGAAGCAGAGUGCCAAAAGCGACAAACAAACUAACAGCAGAAGAAAACACACAAGAGGACGAUCAGAUGGACGGAGGAGUGAUUUGAUGGAGCUAAAACGACUUAAGAGGCAGACAGACGACAAGAUAACCGACCGACACCAAAACUCAAGUUGGACAGAGGAGGAGAAGAUGAGGAAACGGAGGGAUGGAGGGAUGGAGGGAGGGAGGCGGUGGGGGAGAUGUCAUCGCGGCCGGUCGUUGUCUGAAACAACUCCUUGCAUGUGUGUGUGUGCGCGAGCGUAGCUUCUCUCUGUUCAUUUGUGUUUUAAAAUCUUACCGAUGGAGUGACGCUUCAGGAGAGGGACUACGGAUGAGAGAGAAAGAUGGGGGAGAAGGGAGGAGAGGAGAGGGGAUUGAGGAAAUCCUACCUCUGGUUUUCAGUCAGGAUGUACAUAUCUGACUGCUCUGAGAGUCUCUGCUGCAGAAUUAGCUUUAUUUCAUACUGGUGCUAUUCUGUCCUCUCUGGGUUACUGUCCGCCUGCAACGGCAACUUGGGAGCACUUACGAGAGGACAAGUGUGUGUUCAUUGUGUGCGUGCAGACAAACGUUUGUGUGCGCUCAGCAGUUGUUUCAGACAACACCCGCACGGCCGACCUCCCGUCCAUCCCGCCCUCGAUCGCUGUCUGUGUCCACAACUGUCCAUUCGGCGAGACGUUUAGAGGCAAAUCUACUCAAGUGUGUUUCCUGUAAUUUUCCGCUCUGUUGGGAUACCUUUGUAUUUUUCAGUCUGUUUCCUUCGCCAACCUUUCCUGAAUGUUAUCGGGGCUUGUACAGCAAUUUAUUGAAGCAUUUGUUAAUAGUAGUCGAGCAUUUGUUGUUAUGGGUUUUAAGCUGAAGACUUGGUUACUCAUACUGCAUUUCCUUUCCCCCUCCUGAAGCGACAGAUGCACACAGAGAGACAGCAGCAGCAGCAGCAGCACGGCCCAGAAAGAACAAGUCCUUCAGAAAGAUUUGUCUUAAGGCCUCGUCACACCAACACGAUGCAGCAAAAUGAAUCCAGAAAUAUUUGGUGCUCGAUACUUGGUGAGCUAGCACUCUAGCUAGCCAGAAACAUGCUGGUGUUGUUCUCCUAUUUCCUGUAUUUGUUUGUUUACCUUCCCCAGGCAAUUUGUUAUGGGGAUUGUACUUCAAUUAAUUCAAUUAAUAGUCAUUAAAGAGAGUGAAAGGAGCUCUUUAUCCCUCUGAACCCCAAAAGUCACCAAAAGGUUUGAAAGGCAUGCAUUCAAAAAGCCAAAUUGUACCUGUUCAUUAGAGCUAGAAACUGUAACAACAAAAACAAUCCUUGAGUUUUCAGACAGUCCUUGAACUAUUCACCUGUGACGUGCCGUACCAUCGUAACCAAACCUAAGCAAGAAAUUGUGAUUUUAAAGCGAAAUCACUUUAUCUUUGUCUCAUUUAUUAAUUGGACAAAAUAAACCGUCUGCUCGAACCAGAUUCUGCAAAAGUU